UCAUGCCGGGCAAGAUGGCGGCGUUACGGACGAGGUGUUAUCGCCAGUGGACAUAAACAGGCAUUAUAUUCCAAAAAAAGAAAACCGAGACAUACACAUAAAUACACGUGACUGUUUUGGUUUCGUGUGUGUGUUCAACGCGCAACCGGGGUCGACGUCUUUUUUUUAUUUCAACCGGUUUUUUUUCCCCCCACACAAUGUUCAGGUUGUAGCUCGCUUCGCUAACCGACCAGCUGGCUAACGGAGAGCUGUGACGAGCUAACAAGCUAUCUUAUCACAGCCCGAGCCGCCGCGGAGAGUAGGAUGGGAGAAAAGCUGGAGCUCAAGCUCAAAUCGCCGGUUGGAGCAGAACCCGCUGGUUAUCCGUGGCCUUUACCAGUAUAUGAUAAACACCAUGAUGCAGCUCAUGAAAUCAUCGAGACCAUCCGGUGGGUGUGUGAGGAGAUUCCAGACCUCAAACUGGCGAUGGAAAACUACGUUCUCAUUGACUAUGAUACCAAGAGCUUUGAGAGUAUGCAGAGACUGUGUGACAAGUACAACAGAGCCAUUGACAGCAUUCACCAGCUGUGGAAGGGGACAACUCAGCCAAUGAAGCUGAACAAGCGUCCUUCAAACGGGCUGCUGAGACACAUCCUGCAGCAGGUGUACAACCACUCAGUGACCGACCCAGAGAAGCUCAACAACUACGAGCCCUUCUCCCCUGAGGUUUACGGAGAAACCUCUUUCGACCUGGUGUCUCAGAUCAUCGACGAGAUGGAAAUGAUGGAAGACGACACCUUUGUUGACCUCGGCAGUGGAGUGGGACAGGUGGUGCUACAGGUUGCAGCAGCAACCAACUGUAAACACUACUUCGGUGUAGAGAAAGCAGACACUCCAUCUACCUAUGCAGAGUCUAUGGAUAAAGAGUUUAAAAAGUGGAUGAAAUGGUAUGGGAAGAAACAUGGGGAGUACACACUGGAGAAAGGGGACUUUCUGUCUGAAGAGUGGAGGGAAAGGAUCGCCACCACAAGUAUUAUUUUUGUGAAUAACUUUGCCUUUGGUCCAGAGGUUGAUCACCAGCUGAAGGAGCGCUUUGCUAACAUGAAGGAAGGCGGGAAAAUUGUAUCCUCCAAACCUUUUGCACCUUUAAAUUUUAGAAUUAAUAGUCGAAACUUGAGUGAUAUUGGCACAAUAAUGCGUGUGGUGGAGCUCUCUCCGCUCAGGGGCUCGGUGUCCUGGACUGGGAAGCCAGUUUCCUACUACCUGCAUACCAUAGACCGCACCAUACUUGAAAACUAUUUUGCAAGUCUCAAAAAUCCUAAACUCAGGGAGGAGCAAGAGGCAGCUAGGCGACGUCUGCAGAAGGAUACAAAGGACAGUAAAAGCAACAGCACCACGCCCACAAAACCCAAGGAACAAAACAAGCAGGACUCCUGUGGUGAGGACGAGCGUCCUUCUUUGGUGACAGUGGUCAAGCCCCCCCCAAAACCCAGGAGAGCUCGACUCCUGACCAAAGGUCGCAAGUUGAACAACAAGAAACGAGGUCGACCCAAGAAAGCUGCCCCAGCUGCUGAGAAGAAAAAUAAGAAGAACCAGAGCGCUUUGGAUUUGCUGCAUGCCAAGACCCUUUCUGCAGCACCCCCUCAGGAUGCAUACCGGCCACCUCCGAGUCCCUUCUACCAGCUACCUCCCAAGGUCCAGCACUAUCCUUCUAGUCAACUGCUGCUGAGCCCGACUCCUCCUGCUCUGCAACAACUGCUCGAUAACAUCAAACUUCAAUACCUGCAGUUUAUGGCCUACAUGAAGACUCCCCAGUACCACUCCAACCUGCAGCAGCUUUUAGAUCAGGAGAAGCAAAAACACAGGGACCUCUCAGGACAGGCAGAGCAGCUCCACUCGGUCUGUCAGACUCACAAGGACAAGAUCAAAGGCCUCUUUCAGACCAAACUAGACGAGUUGGGGGUGAAAGCCUUGACUGUGGAGGACCUGCUGCAGGCUCAGAAGGAGAUAUCGGCACACAAUCGUCAGCUCAAAGAACAGACAAAGCAGCUUGAGAGAGACAUGGCCUUGCUGAGGGACCAUAGCCUUCUACUGCUGAAGUCUCGAUGUGAGGAGUUGAAGCUGGAUUGGGGCUCUUUAUGUCUUGAGAGUUUGUUGAAAGAGAAGCAGGCACUACGCAGACAAAUCUCUGAGAAACAGAGACACUGCCUGGAGCUGCAGAUCAGCAUUGUGGAGCUGGAGAAAAGUCAAAGGCAGCAGGAGCUGCUACAGCUAAAAUCAUCCUACAGCCCCUGUGACGGCUCCCCAUACAGAAAGAGCUUAGAGUCACGCUCUUCCACAGACAUGGACUCCUCUAAGAUUGGCUUGUCUUCAGCCCAAGCUUUCAAUGGCGUCAGCCCAGAGCUGUCUAUCAACGGCACCAGCUCACCCUGUUUCGACAGAGCAAACUCCAAAGGGGAGCUUCUCUCUCGUUACCUACCAAUUUCUCCGGACCAUGAGAUUGUACCUGUCUCCACUGAUGCCCGGCAGAGGCAGCAAAGUUUCUCCCACGCUCUUCCUGAUUACACACGCUUCUCCCCCGCCAAGAUUGCCUUGCGGAGGCACCUGAACCAGGACUCUACUGCCUCUGCUCACCUGAGAGCUCCAGGGCUGACCACACACAGGGAAAUGGGUGGUGUUAAUUCUCUACAUGGAGCAAAACAGAACUGUUCCUCUCCCUGUGUGUCAGAUGCUGUGGGCACUCCUAAAAGUUCAGAGAGGAGUAAGGAGAGGAGCCCAUCUUCUCAGGGUGACAACAGCAUCACAAGCCUUCCUAUAAGUAUCCCCCUGAGCACUGUCCACCCAAGUAAACUCCCAGUAAGCAUCCCCCUAGCCAGUGUGGUGCUGCCCAAUCGUGCUGAGAGACUGAGAAGUACUCCAAGUCCUGUGUCUCAGACAGGUCAGACCAAUGGAUAUUCAUCCGGCUCAGGGCUGAUGAAUGGAGGGUCCCAUCCUGAGGACCAUAAUGGUGCUUCUUCAUCAUCACCUCCACACAACCACACUCUUCUGACAGGACCAAUGGGCCGAGGAGGUCACAUCCAGAGCCCACCACUCAGCACUGGAGGGGUGCUCCAGUAUGCUGACGGACCCCCGAGGAUCCUUUCAGAAGACGGUCAGGAUCACCAGGGAGGCGAAUCGGACAUGGAGCCUCAGGACAGUGAAAUGCGGAGGAGGAUCUUCUUCUCUUCCUCCUCGUCUUCAUCCUCGUCUUCCUCUUCGUCCGGCAGCGGAGGCAGCGCAGGUGGAGGAUCACGCCUCCACCAUCACAACUGCAACUCAGCCAAGCAGGGAUACCACAGUAACCAUGGAAACCACCACCAUCACCAGUCCCCCGGCACGCAGCACACUCACCAACCCACACACACGUCGUCAUCGCAAUCCUCUCACAGCCUCGGCCAUCAGGAGGGACGGAAGCGAGGAAGGAGGAAGCGUAACUCAGCUGUGUCCCUCACAGCCAGCGGAUCCCCAAAGAGGAGGUCAUUUCCUGGGCUCUGCUCAAACAACCACUCCUCAGGAUCGCCACUCAACAUUAACUCCAUGGUGAACAACAUCAACCAGCCUCUGGAGAUCUCCGCCAUCUCCUCCCCUGAACAAUCAAGUCGUAGCCCCAGCAGGCUUGACUUAGACCAGCCUCCCAUCUUAAAGAGAGAGCGCCCCCUGGAGCUCAAUGGCACAUGUCGUUACUCUUCAGCCCCAAGCUCUGAUGACGAUGACUCAGGAUACCCUGCCGACAGCUCCAGUUCACGAAUCGAAAGAAAAAUUGCCACUAUAUCCUUGGAUGGCAGAGAUGGACCUGGCAGACUAGGGGAUGGUGAAAGAGGCAGAAAAUCUGGCAGCAGUAGUGGUAACAGCACGGGCAGUGAGGCCUCCUCCUCAUCAUCUUCCUCUAUGUCCUCCACCAGCAAGUGGAAAUCCACCUUUUCACCCAUUUCUGACCCCAAGCAACCCAACUCAGAACUGAGACAGGGGGGCUCUCCAUUCGGCAUGGGGGGGUCGGGCCGGGGCACAGACUCAGAUUCUGACCACAAACAACAGCAUCAGCAGUUGAGGAGAGGGAGCGAUGGAGAACUGUCCAGCUACAUGAACCCCAACCCCUUCUUCAGUCAGGAGGUAGGGACACGGGGUGGAGGCAGCAGUGGUGGGGGUGGUUCACAGGGAGGCAGUGGUUCGGACCAGCGACAGGCCCUCCAAAAGCAGAAAGCCCCUCGUGACUGGGAUCUGAAGACGAGUGCCAGUCAGAACCUCUUCAUCUCUGCUGCUGCCAGCAGCGGGGGAGGUAUUAUGAGCGGGAAAGUGGGAGAAAGUCCUGUAGCAGUUUCCUCAACCACAGGGUCCUCUGUGGGACAGUACCUUGCGUCUCAGUUUCCACUCGGAGGGACCUCAGUCUUACAGUCCCUGUUUGGGGCCCAGACAGGCGGACCCACGGUGAGUGGGGCCGCAAGACUCGUCAACGGACACUCAGCCCUGGGAAGCUUCUCCAGUGCAGGGCUGGCAGGGGGAGCGGCUGGAGGUAUAUUUCACCACGUGGUUCCCACAGUGCCCUCCCAUCAGUUUGGGGCAACGCUGCCCAACUCUGGAGGCCUCAGCUCUCUGCUCAGUCUCUCCUCCUCUUCCUCCACCUCCUCCCAGCAGCACACCACACCCCAACCAGCAUCCACGCGCUUGGCCCCCGUGUCCUCACCUCUUCCCCUCUCAAUGUCCCAGGCCCAGCACAGCCGCAUCCAGUCUGUCCUGCACAGCCCUUCUCCUCCCACGCUCUCCCUCCCCCCUCUUCCACCACUGCACAGCGCUCCCUCGUCAUCAACCUCCUCCUCAACAACCACUCACUCUGAUGCUGCACCAUCUUCUCGAUCAGACUCCCUCCACUCCUCACGUCUGUCCCACUCCUCCCUCCACCACCAGAGAGCCCAGUCAUCCCUCUCUCUCUCCAUCUCCUCCUCCACCUCUGCCUCCUCUGCCUCUGUUUCUGCUGCUGCAGCUACCGCUUCCCACUCCUCCUCUUCCUCUCUGUCCACCUCCUCGUCUCGUCCAUUCGCAGUGCACUACUCCCCUCGACUGCCCCCUCCACCAACAGCCAGCAGCUCAGGUGGUGGCGGGAGCAUGUGGAGGACUCAGAGCAUGCAUGGUACCCACAUCGCCUCCCAGCUCCCCGGCUCCAGACCUAGAUAAGGUUUGGGAGUGAGCGGAAGGGGGGAGGACGGAGAGGGGGAUGGGCGAAGGGCAAUCAGAGGGUGGAAAAGAGGGAGAGAAUGAGAAAAAGAGACUGGUAGGGAGUGAAAGACACAGGAUAUGUUUUAUUUUUCCUGUGCUCCCACUCGCUGUUGUUCUGAUUGAACAAGGUAAGUCACCUCUCGAGCUGUAGUUUCAAAGUAUAAAAACUGUACUGGGUGAUAAUCACUGUCAAGAUUAGUUACUGUUUUUGUUUAGUAAAAGAUGAACUCAUGAGUCUUUUUCUCAUUUCUUUGACCUUUCAGGUAAUUGAUGAAAACUACCUCAACAUGAAAUAAACUAUGCAAAUGUCCAGGUGUGGACCAGGGCACUCUCCUCACUCACCGGUGCUUCAAAACAUCUCUGCUACCCAACUGCCUCCAAGACUGGCUUCUGUACCGGGAACUCUGUCACACAGAUACACACACAUAGUGUCACACACACACACUUACAACCACCACUAUGGUCACCUUGAGCAGAAUUCACUUAGUACUGGUCAUUUCUGUGUGAUGUGUUAAAUGAAUGAAAGUCACUGCUGGCUGCUCCAGAACUGAAUCAACUUGUGUCUUACCUUAAGGUGCUCAAUGCUGUGGUAGUUGAUUUUUGUUUUAACAUAAUCUCUAUCAUAGCAGCUUAUGUUCAGCCAGCAAAAUCAUCUGUUUUCAAUCAUUAAUGUUACAUCCAACAACAGAUUGAAGCACAAAAGUUUCAACUUUUGAGCUUAAUCUUAACAUGUCACAGAACCCUCCAAAGCUUCAUGGUUCACACACACAGACCAGUUCACUGGACUCUGCUCAGAUGUCAUGCAGUUUGAUGUCUCUGCAUGGACUCUCUCUCUCUCUCCCUCUCUCGCUCUGUUAUCUUCAAUUCUCGCUGCAACAUUUAAAUAGGAAUCAAGAUGAGGAACGUUUGGUCUAUCGUCACACUGGAUAGUAAGACACAGUAACACAUGGAGCAGAAGAUGUACAAGUCCUGGCUGGUUCAUAGACACCCUUUACAAGUUAUGCUAAUGAUUUUCAAUAUAUAAAAGAAAAAAACGUUUAAUUCACUUCACUUAAAACAAAAACAUCACACAUUGAAAAAUUCUGUCCUGGCUGCUGUGUUUGCCAAAAAACUGAUUUAUUUUUCGACAAACUGGUGUAAAACCAGUUGCACUUACUUUCUGAGUGGUGAAAAUAACUUUCCCCGUGCUCUAGUGUUUUCAUUCUAAUAUCACAUUUUAAAAAAGUUUCCAGGUCUGCUUCAAUAAGAGCAAUCAGUCAUAUUUAACCGUCUCUGAAUGGAUGAACUGUAGAUUGAAGAAUGUGGAAACAUACAUUUGAACAAUGUAUCUCAGCCUAACUUUGAAUAUUUGGUGACAAAGUGACAUCCAACGGCUUAUGAAACUGAGCGAAGACGAGUGCAUCUUCAUGUGUAAAAACAAACAAAACCUGAAACUCAUUUACUGAGACGGUGCUCUGUGUUGACAUGGUCAACCUCUCUGUGGUAGAGACGUAGUGUUAUCAAACAGUUUAGGCUACACUGUUUUGUGCUUUAUUGAACUGAACCCAGGUAAAAAAACAAUUUCAGUAAAUUCAAAGUCAUUCAACUCUUUCUAUUUAUUAAUGCUUUCUUCAAUUUGGUAAAUUACACUACCAUGUGGGAAACUCUUACUGCAGGAAUUUUUAACUCUUAAGCUAAUCUUGUUUGUAUUUAUCUCUGCUGUCGGGAAAUCCAGUUUUAAGUAAAUACUUGGGACUCGAGUGUUGACCCACGUUUGUGGACUAAUACUGUGUUAAAGUUCAAACAAACGCACACACUCAUGCAUGCAACUCCUCACACACUGAGAAACAAUGAACCAUAACCACAUUGAACUACUGGACCCUUCACACCUUUUUUUUUUGCUUUUUGUAAUGUGUUGUUUGUUUUUUGUAAACAAUGUUUGUACUGUGAAUGUGAUACAUUCUCUGUAUAGAUGUGUAUAAUUUAGAUGAUUAUAUUUAUGCUGUCAGUCUUUUAAUUUGCCUUGUUUUUGUUUUUUUUCUCUCUUUUGUUUUGUUUUUAAAUCCAGAAAUGUGUUGACAUAGUAGAAUGCAAUAGUGUGUGUACUUGACUCACAGUCUGAAAAACAAUGGUGCUACAUUUGGACUGUUCCUGAUCUUAUUUAUUCUGCAGUGAAAACAUCAAAAUCAAAUGGAAUACUUGGUGCUGUACACAGGGACAUUUUUAAAGCUGUUUUUUUUUUGUUUUAGGGUUGGGUGUGGGCAUUUCUAUUCUCAUAUUUAAAAAUGCUAUUGUCUGAGUCUUUGAAUGCCUACUGUACACCUGUAGACACCACCUUUAAGAUAAAAACUACUCUGUGACAGCCGGCUCAGAGUGCGAGGAGACGUGUCGUUCAUGUUUCUCACACAGCAGGUGUAAAACUUAAGUCAGCUGCUCAUCUGUUCGAGAACAAGACACACUGUUUUUGUACAUAACUCUUUGUUUUCCCUUUUAUGUCUCUCCAUCAUAAACAGAAAGGUAUAUAAAUGUAUCUAUAUACAGUCUAUAUAUACGAGUAUAUCUAUAAGUGAAUAGAAAUGUUUGGUGCUGGCGUCGUGACCUUAAACUCAACCUGUUAAACAGGAGGCUCCAAGCCAAGGAGUGUGAAGCUUUGAUGCCACAGGCUCUUAACAGAUGGUGCCUGCAACAACACGGUGACACAACAGCAUCUGAAUCCUUGUGACGCACACAACAGAACUAGAAACACACACACACACACACACACACACACACACACACACACACAGGAGGCUUGACAAGAGUCGUUAUCACUCUUCUCCAAUGUUUUUACAUCAGUUUCCAUUUAUUUUAUACCAACCCAGACUCUUUAGGAAAAAUGGUGCUUCUGUUUCCAAACAAUUGCAAUUCCAAUUUUACAAACUCGAAUGGUGCACACAAAACUACAUGUGAUCCUCUUACACAUACUGUCUUUAGAUGUCUUACUGGCAAGGCUCUACUACCUUGCAAUGUGAGCAUUUGUGUAUUUGCAAAGAUGUAAAAACACUUGUGUUAGGGUGUAUGUGAGCAGCCAAGCUUCCUUUUUCUCUGAGAGUGGGAAUACACUUAGUCUGUGUGUGCGCUUUGUUUCCCACUAGCUGGUGCAUAUCUAAGGGAAGAUUAGACUAAUAAUGAAAGCUUUAUUGUCCUGUCCUGUGCACUCUGCAGACGUGUGUUUCACCUGCAAGUGUUUAGGUGAAAAGCAGAACUUCAUAUUAGAACAUACUUAGAGUCUAUUUGUUACCAGCACUGAGAGCUCUUUUGUAAUUAUUUAAUUAUUGUUAAUGCUGUUUUGAUUUUCUUACUCUUGGUGUUUGAUACGAUCGCAGUUACAUGUUGAGCUUUGAAUUGUGUCUUCAGAUUUCUGUCAGUUUAUAAUACUACUAGUCAGAGAAACAGCACGGUGCUCUCCUUCACUUAAAACAAGGAAAUUGCAGCUAUUGAUCAAUACUACUCUUCUCCUGGUUUGCUGCAGGGUUUUAUGGGUAAAUAAUCCUCAACACAAGCUUGCCUGAUGGCUUUCUUACGGACCAGUCAAACCUACGGAAGUUUCUCUAAUCUCGAUUGGCGGUGCUGUGUGUAUGUGCAUGUGAGAAUAGUUUUUGGAAAUGGUUGAGAUUGCAAAUAAUUACAGACUUCAACCAGUUUUAGAGCUUCUUGUACAAUCAGUCAAAGGGGUGAGGUGCUGUUAUUAAAGUCCUUUGGUGAAUAUGAGCAUGAUUUGAGUUAAAGCUUCUAUGCAGAUCUCCAGCGUGCUCCAUUCUGGUACAUUAUUGUUAAUCUGUGAGCACUUUGCACUCGAGGCUGUUUACCCUUAAUCCUGCCAAAGGUCUUAACUCAGGAACUCCCCUUGAAAUGAUGUAAAGAACUUUAUUUAAACUACUGCAUGUCACAAAUGUUUUCCCCAUCUUGUGGCAUUAUGAAGUCCCUUUUUUUUUUAACCCAACUCAGGACCAGUAAAUCCCCGCAGUAAGUGAAUUUCAAGGCAAAAACUACUUGGUGGUCUUGUCAGAUUUCCUCAAAUCAAUUCUCACUGUCACAUACAUGCAGCCUGUCCGGUGAGAUCCAGCUCUAUAAAAUCUUUAUGAGUUGGUUUAAAUUGUGAGAAGCUUUAAAAACGGCUACGACUUUCAGCAUCUUCCUCAUCUCAUGAAUGCCUCUCGUCUUUUUCUGUGUUUCUAAGAGGGAGGCUCACUGUCCUUUGUUAGGAUUGCUCCUGUAAUUGUCAGAGUAAACUAGCACUGGACACACGUGACCUACAGUUUGUGUAUAGUGAUCUCUGAUCGAUGAAGCCAGGGCAGGUUUGAGGUGCAAUAACGGCAGACCUACUUUCCGAAAGGCCCGGGGUAUUCAUGACAAAAUUGUAACUGUUUGGUGUUGGUGCUUUUAUCCUAAGAUGUUAUAAUGAAACAAAUGGAGUUAAUGUUUUUUUUUCCUGCAUUUUAUGAUUAAUAAUAAAAUGUUUCUUAUAAUAUUUGAACUGA